GGCAACGCCCAAAACGAAGACUACCUUGACAAGGGCCUCGAUACCGCGGAGAAGAAGUUCGGAGGCGCUCAGGGCCAGAAUACAGAGAAGAAUCGCGGGGUUAAUGAGAAGAUUACCGAUAGCGCGCGCGGAGCGUUCGAAAAAGCAACCGGCAAGAAUGUCCCAGACAAGGUCUCCAACUAG